UUGAAUUGCCCCCUUGAAAUAUGAAAAGCUAUAUGAUUAACCCCUUAGGACCCCCUGUAACCUUGUUUUUUUGAUUUAUCCCCUGGUUUUUCACUGUUUUUUACACGCUUAGGGGUACCCUAAAAAUACAUGGAGUAAUCCAAAAAAAAAUUAAUAGGGGGUAGGGGGGCAAAUGUCUAUUACCCCCUGGUUUUUCACUGUUUUUCGUGUGCAUUUGAGUUUCAGAGGUGAUGUCGUCCUCUUCUUCUUCUUUCUCCGGUGGAGGAGCUUUCAGGUUUCGUUGGGACGUGUUUUUGAGCUUCAGAGGUGAAGAUACUCGCGAAUGCUUCACCAAAAAACUAUAUGAAUCUCUCCAUAGUCCAGGUGUUCGUGUUUUCAUGGACGACGAAGGCUUGGACCGUGGGGAUCGCAUAGAUAUCACUCUUCUUCAAGCCAUUGAUGACUCUGCUGCUUCCAUUGUUAUUAUCUCUCCAAAGUACGCUGAAUCUCAUUGGUGUCUCGAUGAGCUUGUCAGAAUUUUUGAGUGUAAGAGGCUUGUUAUUCCCGUUUUCUACCAGGUUGAUCCUUCUCAUGUUCGGAAACAGUCGGGGCCUUUUCAAAAAGGUUUUACUGAUCUUCAAAACAGAUUUGAUAAUGAUAUGGUUUCCAAGUGGAGAGAUUCUAUGAAACAACUUGGUGGGCUUGCUGGCUUUGUUUUCAAUGACAGUUAUGAAGGCGAGCGUGAGAAUCUGAUACAUCUUUUGGUGAAAAGGGUUUUGAAGGAGUUAAGUAAUACUCCAAUGGUUGUGGCUGAGUUUCUAGUCGGACUCAAUGAACGUGUUGACAAGGUGAUGAAUCUGUUACAACUUCAAUCCAAUACAGUCAAGGUCUUAGGGUUGUAUGGGAUGGGAGGUGUUGGUAAGACAACCCUUGCCAAGGCUCUUUUCAACAGUCUCGUGGGUCGUUUUGAACGGAGAUGUUUCGUUUCAAAUGUGAGACACUCCUCAUCUAAAGAGGGUGGUUUGCUUUCUCUUCAAAGCAAUAUCAUUAAAGAUCUUUCUUCUAAAGAUGGAACUCAGAGUUCUAUCGGUGAUGUCAAUGCUGGUAUUGCUACAAUAAAAAGAAUAGUUCAUGAAAAUCGAGUUCUGCUAGUGUUAGAUGAUGUUGAUAAUGUAAACCAGCUUGAUGCUUUGAUUGGUCAAAAGGAAUGGUUUUACGAAGGAAGCUGUAUCAUAAUUACAACAAGGGAUACAAGUGCUUUGCCUGAAAAACAUGUCAAUAAGUUGUAUGAAGUCAAAGAAUUGUAUGAUGAAGAAGCUUUACAGUUAUUCAGUUAUCAUGCUUUCAGGAAAAAGGACCCUCCACCAAGUUUUCUGGAAUUUUCAAAGAAAAUUGUAUCUCGUACAGGAAGAAUGCCAUUGGCUUUGGAAGUGUUUGGUUGCUUUUUGUGUGAGAGGAGGAGGGUGGAGGAGUGGGAGGAUGCUGUUGAGAAGUUGAGAACAAUUCAGCCUGGGAAUCUUCAUAAUGUGUUGAAGAUAAGUUAUGAUGGGUUGGAUGAACAAGAGAAGUGUAUAUUCCUUGAUAUUGCUUGUUUAUUUCUUCAAAUGAGAAUGAAGCGGUGUGAUGUGAUUGAUAUAUUUAGAGGUUGUGGUUUUAAAGGAGAGAUAGCUGUGACAAACCUUGUACAGAAAUGCUUAGUCAAAAUAGGACAUGACAAUACCUUGUUGAUGCAUGAUCAAAUUAGAGACAUGGGAAGACAGAUUGUUAUGGAUGAAAACCAUGUUGAUCCUGGGAUGCGUAGUAGAUUGUGGGAUCGUGCUGGAAUCAUGUCCGUUUUCAAGAAUACGAAGGGAACAAGAUGCAUACAAGGAGUUGUACUAGAUUUUGAGAAAAGAUUAAUAAUGCGUGAAGCAGAGAAAUAUAACGACGUUACACUUGAUACAAAAUCCUUUGAAACAAUGGUUAACUUGAGAUUGCUUCAGAUCAAUAAUUUGAGUUUGGGAGGCAUGUUUCUUCCAGAUGAACUGAAAUGGCUACAAUGGCGAGGAUGUCCUUUGGAAUGUAUUCCUUGGGACACUUUGCCACGUGAACUGGCUGUCCUUGAUCUUUCAAAUGCCGAGAAAAUUAAAAGCUUGAGGGGAUUGGAAAGUCACAAGCAGGUACCAGAGAACCUAAUGGUCAUUAACCUCUCCCACUGCUCCCAACUAGCGGAAAUCCCUGAUUUAUCUAGGUGUCGCAAGCUAGAGAAAAUUAUUUUGGAUAGCUGCAUUAAUCUAAAAAGGAUUCAUGAAUCAAUUGGUGGUUUGACUACCUUGCGUAAUUUGAACUUGCGGCAUUGUGAAAGCAUCACUCAGCUUCCCAGUGAUGUAUGUGGGCUGAAACAUCUGGAGAUCCUAGUUCUUUCUAGUUGCACCAAGUUGAAAGCAUUACCAAAAAGCAUAGGCAAGCUUAUAUCGCUGAAAACACUUGAGGCUGAUGGCACUGCUAUAGUUAAGCUGCCUGAGUCCAUUUUUCGAUUGACCAAACUCGAACGACUUGUUUUAGACCGUUGCUCAUAUUUGAGAAGACUACCAAAGUGCAUUGGAAAGUUAUGUUCUUUGCAAGAAUUAUCUCUUAAUCAAUCAGGCUUACAAGAAUUACCCGACACUGUAGGAACCUUGAAAAAUCUUGAGAAGUUAAGUUUGAUUGGGUGUGAAUCUCUCACGGUAAUGCCUGAUUCUAUAGGAAAUCUCGUAUCGUUGACAGAACUUUUGGCUUACAACAGUGGAAUUAAAGAACUUCCUUCCACCAUUAGUUCUUUAUCGUAUCUGAGGAUGUUAUCAGUUGGAAACUGUAAACAUCUCAGUAAAUUGCCUGACUCAAUGAAAACUUUGGCUUCAAUUACUGAACUUAAGUUAAACGGAACACCUAUCAAAUAUCUUCCAGAGCAAAUUGGAGACAUGAAACAGCUAAUGAUACUUGAUAUUGGAAAUUGCAGCAAUCUUGAAUCAUUACCAGAAUCCAUUGGCCACCUAGGAUCUCUUACUACAUUGAACAUAGACAAUGGAAAUAUUAAAGAAUUACCAACGUCGAUUGGAUUAUUGGAAAAUCUUGAUACCUUAACAUUGAACAAAUGUAGAAUGCUUAAAAAGCUCCCAGCUUCUAUUGGAAACUUGAAAUCUCUAAGUCACUUAAUGAUAGAGGAAACAGCUAUGUCAGACUUGCCUGAAAGCUUCGGUAUGCUCUCAAACUUGAGAUCACUUAGAAUGGCAAAGAGGCCUACUUUAGUUCCCAUAUCUGUGGAGAAAAAUGGUUCUUUUGUGAUACCGUCUUCUUUCUGUAAUCUGACCUUGCUAUAUGAGUUCGAUGCUCGUGCCUGGGGAUUAUCUGGGAAAAUUCCUGAUGAAUUCGAGAAGCUAUCAUUAAUAGAGACUUUAGAUUUGGGCCAAAACAAUUUCCACAGCCUUCCUUCCAGUUUGAAAGGUCUUUCCUCUCUUAAGAAACUCUCACUGCCAAAUUGCACGGAGCUGACUUCUCUCCCCUCACUUCCUUCAAGCUUGAUCGAGCUAAAUGUUGACAAUUGCUACGCAUUAGAAAGUAUACACAACAUGUCAAAUUUAGAGAGGUUGGAGGAGUUGAAACUCACAAACUGUGAGGAAGUGGUGGAUAUUCCAGGUCUUGAAUGCUUGAAGUCCUUGAGAAGAUUGUACCUGAGUGGUUGCAAUGAAUGUUCCUCCAAAGUACGCAAAAGACUUUCAAAGGUUGCACUGAGAAAUUUUCAGAACUUGAGUAUGCCAGGAACUAAGUUACCUGAAUGGUUUUCGGGAGAAACUGUCGGCUUUUCCAAGCGCAAAAAUCUUGAGCUAACAGGUGUAGUUGUAGGUGUCGUUUUCUCAAUUAACCAUAACAAAAAGAAUAUUCAAACACAUGGAGUGUUUGACGUUCAAGCAAAUGUUCUCAAAUCUGGCAAACUUACUCUUAGUUCAGGGCUAUACAUAGCCGGAGUGCCAAGGACAGAUGAACCACACAUAUACUUGGGAAGGUACCAUGAUUACCAUGCAUUGGUAUCCGAUUUAAAAGAUGCUGAUACAGUUAGUGUGACAAAGAGGAGUCCUCCUUUUGAUGAGAGGUUUGAAUUGAUAAAAUGUGGAAUUCAUUUAAUCUUUGAAGGGGGUGAUGAUUAUGAGGGAGACGAAGAAUCGUUGGACAAAGGCUUACAAUCUGUCUCAGAAAGGAUGGCCAGGUUUUUUAACACUUAUGAAGAAGUUGUUGAUAACACUUAUGAUGAAGUUGUUGAUGCAACUGAGAGUGAAGAUGAGUGUCAACAUGAAUAGUAGCAGGGAAAAAGAAGAGAUUAACUUGUACACAUGAAUAAUGUUUGAUCAACACAAAAUUUGCUCCUUCAGGUUUUCUAUUGUUUUUGGUUUCACAUUUUUAAGUAUAAAUUUUGAGUUAAAUCGUUUGUGAAGUCAAAUAAGAAUAAAAUUGGAGAUGAAUUCAGGUAAAAAAUAGAGUUGGGUUUAACUUGAUUUUACUUCAUUUUGUCCGACUUUGAAGAUAUCAAUUUCGUUUUUAGAUAGUUUCAACUCGAGUUUGAAAACCUUGAGUGUGAUACUCAUUACUUGGCAAGAGAAACUGGUAAAAAACAAAAAUUGUGCAAAUUUUACUUGCCCUUCAGUAAUUUCAAUAACAAGAUAUGACUUCAAUUACAUAUUUAUUGAGCAAUUUCUGUUACAAUAGAAAAUUAUGUGCCAAAAUUCCCCAUGAAGGUUGUUGAUUGCUUGAAAGAGAUGUUGGCAAUAAUUUUUGCUGUCUUCUUCUCCACAUCCUUUAACUGUUACAGGCUUCAAUAAAAUCAAAACUAGUUGAUUUGAGUGUGACAACAUUGAAUAGCAUAUUCUGAUUUCAGUCUGUAAUAUCAAAACAAAGCUUAGCCUCAUCCCAGGGUCCAUUGAUCUCAAACUUGUACUCCUGAAUCCUUAUAAGCCAAUAAGGACAGACCAAGUUGACAAAAACCAACAAACUAAGUAGCAACACGAAUAGCAUGUGAUGCAGUGUGAACACAAAACUUAAUGUCAGGACCAUCAAAGUAAUAGAAACGCAUAGGUGCAAGCAAACAAAAUAUUUUUCAUAGCAUCGGUGCUAGCAUCUUCGUUUACUCGUCUGUUCUUGCUCUGCGAGACUUGAAUUCAGUUUCAGAUACACCAACGACGUCUCCGUCAACCACCUUCCCUCAAACCUUGUCUUUCCUCUGACGAUACCUAAGAUAAUGAACUAUGUUAUGAAUUUCGGUUGGUGCUGAAGUCAAAUAAAAAAUAGAAAAAAAAAACUGAAUUAUUGAUACACCAUGUGCCAAAGUAUAAUAAAUUGACAUCUGAGCUAUCAUACCAGAAUUAUUCCUACUCUCAACAUAGUUUAAGGCAAUUAAUAAUAGUUGAAUCACCUACUUUCAACGUAGUGUAUCAAGGAAAUGAAGAAUAAAUCAAUAUAUAAAGUAUCAAUAUUCAUCUUUUGACAUAAAAUUCAAGGGAAGUUCAAAGUUUUUGAAGGAAAAAGA